GAGCCUCUUGGAGACCGGGCCCGGGCGGCUCCGGCCCGCACGGCUCGGCUCGGCGCGGCUUACAGGCUGGGGCGCUAAAUCCGCCCUGGAGCAGGCGGGGCCGAGGAGCCUUCCCGCGCCAGGCCGGACACCUGGGUCCCCAGCCCGGCCGGUGCACAGGGCGGGUCCCCGCUGCAGCCCGGGGGUCGGUCGACACGCCCUGUCUGUCCCUUUCCUGCUACCAAGGACCCCGCCUUGCCCCAGACCCCAAUAGCCCCAGACCAUGGCGAUGGCUGCAGUGGGGCCGGCGCAGCAGCUCCGGGUGGCGUUUGAGGACGUGGCUCUGUAUUUCACCCGGGAGGAGUGGGAGCUCUUAUCCCGGCCAGAGAAGCAGCUGUACCGGGACCAGAUGCUGAAGAAUUACCAGGCCCUUGUUUUCCUGGGCUAUUCAGGUUCCAUACCGGACUUAAUCCACCGGAUUGAGGUAGGGGAGGCAGAGCUCUGGAUCUGGGAUGCCGAGGGCUCCAGGGAAAGCUCAGGGCCUGAGAGCCCCUCCUCAGCAGGGCAUGGGAUCCAGGGAGGAACGAGUCCACAGUCUGAAUGUGGGGAGAGUAUGGGAGGAAAGCAGGAUCCCACGGCCCAUGGCGGGAGCCAUGGACAGAAUGGAGUCAAUCCUCGUGCCGAGUGUGGAGAUGGACUCAGCCAGAGACCGGACCUGGCUCCACAUCAGAGGCUUGCCGUGGGGCAGCAAUCCCAUGGCUGCGUCGACUGCGGCAAGAGGUUCAGCAACGCCUCGGCACUGACCCAGCACCGGCGCACGCACAGUGGGGAGCGGCCGUACCGCUGCGCCGACUGCGGCAAGGGUUUCAUCCGAGCCUCCGCGCUGACCCAGCACUGGCGCACGCACACCGGGGAGCGGCCCUACCGCUGUGUCGACUGCGGCAAGGACUUCGCUCAGCUCUCACACCUGACAGCACAUCAGCACACACACACUGGGGAGCAACUGUACCGCUGUGCUGACUGCGGCCAGAGCUUCUGCUGGGCCAAGUCACUGCACCGGCACCGGCGCACACACACCAAGGAGUGGCCGUACCAUUGUGCCGACUGCAGCAAGAACUUCAGUGAUGCCGCCUCGCUGAGCCGGCACCGGCGCACGCACACUGGGGAGCGGCCGUACCUCUGCGCUGACUGCGGCAAGAGCUUUGGCAACACCUGGACGCUGACUCAGCAUCGGCGCACGCACACUGGGGAGCGGCCGUACUGCUGCGCCGACUGCGGGAAAGGCUUCAGCAAUGCCAGCACGCUGACCCAACACCAGCGCACGCACACCGGGGAGCGGCCGUUCCGAUGCGCUGACUGCGGCAAGAGCUUCAGCAACGCCAGCACCCUGACCCAGCACUGGCGCACACACACCGGGGAGCGGCCGUACCGUUGCGCCGACUGCAGCAAGGGCUUCAGAAACGCCAGCACGCUGACCAAGCACCAGCGCACGCACACCGGGGUGCAGCCCCGGUGUCCCUAUCGCUGCGCUGACUGUGGCAAGAGCUUCAGGCAGUCCUCAAUCCUGAGAAUACACUGGUUUACGCACACUGGGGAGCGGCCACACCACUGCUCUGACUGCGGGAAGAGCUUUGCACAGAGCUCAAACCUGAGAGCACACCAGCGCACACACACCGGGGAGCGACCACACCGCUGUGCUGACUGCGGGAAGGGCUUUGCACAGAGCUCACACCUGAGACUACAUCAGUGCACGCACACUGGGGAGUGGCCAUACCGCUGUGCCAACUGUGGUAAGGGAUUUAGUAGUGCCAACACACUGAUGCUGCACCAGCGCACACACACCGGGGAGCGACCGCACCGCUGUGCUGACUGUGGGAAGAGCUUUGCACAGAGCUCAAACCUGAGAACGCACCAGCGCACGCACACUGGGGAGCGGCCGCACCACUGUGCUGACUGUGGGAAGAGGUUUUCACGGAGCUCAAACCUGAGAACACACAAGCGCACGCACACCGGGGAGCGGCAGUACUGCUGUGCCAACUGUGGUAAAAAAUUCGGUAGUGCCAACACACUGACACUGCACCAGCGCACGCACACCGGGGAGCGGCCGCACCACUGUGCUGACUGUGGGAAAAGCUUUGCAGAGAGUUCAAAGCUGAGAAUACACCAGCGCACGCACACCGGGGAGCGGCCACACCACUGUGCUGACUGUGGGAAGGGCUUUGCAGAGAGCUCAAAGCUGAGAAUACACCAGCGCACGCACACUGGGGAGCGGCCGCUCCGCUGUGCUGACUGUGGCAAGGGAUUUGCACAUAGCUCAAACCUGAGAACACACCAACGCACGCACACCGGGGUGCAGCCACACCACUGUGCUGACUGCGGGAAGAGCUUUGCACGGAGCUCAAACCUGAGCAGACACCAGCGUACACACACCGGAGAGCGGCCAUACCGCUGCGCUGACUGCGGGAAGGGCUUUUCACAGAGCUCAAGCCUGAGAACGCACCAGCGCACACAUCAGGGGCAGCCGCACCUUUGUAACGAUUCUAGUAAGAACUUCAACAAAACCAGUGCACUGAUGAAGAACCAGUGCACGCACACUGAGGAGAGGACAUUCCGAUGCAUUGUCUGCAGCAGGAGCUUUGCACGGGCCGCCUCCUUGCUAUCACAUCGGUUCAUUCACAGCUGAGAGCGGCCACACAGCUGUGCUGGCUGGGGCAAGCACUUUGCUAGAUUGGCCAACCUCUCAGCACCGGUCAUGCACCUCAAUGCCCUUCUGCCACCUGCAGGGCCUCAAGGGCUUCUGGCAGUCAGUGGGCCUGACACAGCUCCAGCAGAGGCAGAUCAGGACAUAGUCCUGUCCCCAUGAUGCCCAGCAGAGAGAUGGGGGGAAGGGGGACAGGGAAGGGGACUUGGCUUAGCAGUGUGUGGAAGAGCAGACAGGUGGAGUGUAUUUAGAGCAGAUGGUCACAGCCUACUGCAUUAGGUGGGAUCCAGUCAGGUCUCUCUCUUUCCAUCCCACACUCACUCCCCCUCUCCCCCUCUCCCCGUCUCAGUGGGACUAAGCUAGGAACUUCCCACACAUGCCUACCUUGGUUCCAGCCAGAGGAUUACUCUUGGAUGACAUCUAGAGGUGGGAUUUGCAGUCCUGUCUCAGCAUGGAUUGGUCUGAGGGACAGGACAACCAAGUGCAGGGGUGGGCAAACUUUUUGGCCCGAGGGCCACAUCAGGGUGCAAAGCUGUAUGGAGGGCUGGGUAGGGAAGGCUGGGCCUCCCUAAACAGCCGGGCCCCCACCCCUGAGGGCCCCUCUCAGAACCCCCGACCCAUCCAAUGCCCCCUGCUCCUUGUCCCCUGACCGCCUCCUCCUGGGACCAACCGCUCCCCGGGACUCCACCCCCUAUCCAACCCCCACUGCUCCCUGUCCCCUGACUACACUGACCCCAUCCACACCCCCGGCCCCUGCCAGGCCCCCCAGGACUCCCAUGCCUGUCUAAACCCA